ACGAUAGAAGAGCAAAGAAGAAGAAGAAGCAGCAUAAAAAAUGAUCACAAUUUGAACAAUUUCUUUGGGCAACAAUUCUUUCGAGCUCGAAACAAAAGAACAAAAAACAAAAAUCACAAAAACAAAAACUUAAAUCAAAAGCAAAAACCAUUCAAAAACGGUUAUUUUUCGGACAGCAGUGUUGUACAACGUGCUAUGCAACAGUUUUCGGUGUGCAAAAAGUGAAAAAAUAGAAAAUAAAAAAAAAUCAAGCAAAAAAUAAAAACAAAUUGAAACCAAAAGCGACAUAAUUAACCACAAGAACAUAAACAACAACAACAACGUCAUCAGCAAACGCAACAGCAAACGCAACAACAACAACCAACGAGGACGGCCUAAAUCCAACAACAAAAACAACAACAAAAAACAAAUCAAUUGAAAAUUGAAACUUAUGGAUUGCUGGACGGGUAACGCCCGACUGGCGAGUGUUUUAGUUUAAGCAGCGUAAGCUGUCACCGACAUGGGCAGUGAGCAAUACUGCUUGAGGUGGAACAAUCAUCAAUCCAACCUGUUAGGGGUGUUUAGUCAAUUAUUACAGGACGGGAGCCUGGUGGACGUUACAUUAGCUUGUUCAGGGGGCCCAUCCAUCAGAGCCCAUAAGGUGGUCCUCUCGGCCUGCUCCUCGUAUUUCCAGAGCCUGUUUCUGCAGCACUCCGAUCCACAUCCAAUUGUGAUACUGAAGGACGUCCGUUUUGCCGAGCUGCAAACUCUAGUUGAAUUCAUGUACAAGGGCGAAGUGAACGUGCAAUAUUGUCAGUUGCCAGCGCUGCUCAAGACAGCCGAAUCACUCAAGGUUAAAGGCCUAGCCGAGAUGACAAAUCAGAAUACAACGCUGCGGGAGCCCGAACGGGAACCGGAUCGACUGCGUCCCCAUUCGCAGGCCAGCGGCGGCGCAGGCGCCAGCAAGGCGGCCGAUAGUCCAGCGGCAGCGGCCCUGGAUGCCACAGCAGCAGCGUCCGCUCCCAGCUCAACAACCGCGACAACAGCGGCAACUACAACAGCAGCAGCCGCAGCAGCAGCCGCAGCAGCAGCAGCAGCGUCGGCAGCGGCAGCAGCUGCGGACAACACAGCGACAGCAGCUGCCUCUACAAGCAGCAGUACAGCAGCAGCGGCAGCAGCAGCGGCAGCAGCAGCGGCUGCAGCAGCAGCGUCAACAACAACAGCAGCCACAACGGCAACAACAACAACCACAGCAACAACAGCCGCAUCGGGCUCAACGCCAGCAACCUCAGCGACUGAGGCGUCGGCGUCGGCGUCGACGUCGGCGACGUCGGCGUCAAAGCGUGAGGCAAGCGAACGCUGCAGCCCAACGCCGCCGAAGCGGCCAGCGAGCAGCAGCACAGCGGCCAUUGAGCUGCUGGAGGAUGAUGACGAUGAGGAUGAUGAUGAUGAUGAGGAGGAGGAGGAAGAGCUGCUGGAGGAGGAGCUGGAGGAGGAAACACCUAUGCCGCUAGAUCUCUAUCAAAGACCCGCCGUUGCGUCCGCUGACCCACAAGCUAUGCCGCCAGAGAGCGCCGCGAGUAGCCACAGCAACAACAACAACAACAAUAACAACAACAACAACAACAGCGGCAGCAAUAGCAACAACAACAGCAGCAACAACAACAACAACAGCAGCAACAGCAACAACAACAACAACAACAACAAUAACAGCAGCAGCAACAACCAAAUGAAGGCCACAUGCUCCUCCUCAACCGCAGGUUCGCCCAGCGGCAGCAACGGCGACUGCGCCGCAAACGCAGCACCCGAGCCGAGCAGCCAUGUCGUGGCCGUCGACGAUGAUGACGAUGAGGAUGAGCCGAACGACAAUGACAAUGAUAUGGAUGAUUCGGACGAGCAUGUGGUUGUUGUCGAUCGCUCCAGUGCGGCUGCCGCCGCAGCAGCAGCGCGUGAUAUUGCGCAACGCAUUGCGCAUCAUAGGGCGCGGCGAGCGCAUGGUGAGGACGAGGAUGAGGACGACGACGAGGAUGAUGAUGUGGAGCUGCCGGCGGCGCAUGAGACGCUGCUGCACUCGCCAGGCGGCGUUGUUGUCGGCGGUCUGCAGCCCAAGACCGAAGUGCUCGACGACGAUUACGACGACGAAAUGGAUCUGGACGAUGACGAUGAGGCGGACAAUAGCAGCAACGAUAUGGGCCUCAACAUGAAGAUGAGCAGCGGCGGCGUCGAUCUCUCCACGGGCUCCACCGUUAUACCAUCGCCGCUGAUGACCAUGCCCUCAUCGUCGGCGGCAGCAGCCGCGGCAGCAGCUGCCGCCGCAGCCGCCGCUAUGGAAUCGGCCCGCUCCACGCCCGGCGCCGGCGCCUCCGAUCUAAGUCUAUCGAUGGCACAGUCGGGGCGUCCAGCGUCGCGUUCAUCCCGCGACGGCAGCAACGUCGCCGAGGGGCGCUCCAGCAGCCUAUUGAAUCCCGGCUCCGUAGCCGGUCUCUUGCCAGUGCAAUCGGUGCCAUUGAGCCUCAAGAAAGAGAUCGAUUGCAGUGAGGAUGAUAACAGCAGUCACAGUAGACACAUGCAACCUCGUUCGGCAUCAGCUGGCGGCGGACUGGGCGGCGACCUUGACUACCGCGCCUCGCACGAGUCGCUGCUGCGCAACUUUGGCUCACCAAUGAGCGCAAUGACCGCCAACCGCUGCCCUACACCAUUCGCGUUUCCAUUCUCGCCACUCGGCCUGAGCCUAUUCGACAUUGAUCCGUCCAGAAUACUGAACCUGCUGCACCACCAGACCUGGCUGGCCGAAGAGGCAUUGCGCACGCGCGGCCUGCUGACCGCACCCAAGGACUUUCCUCAUCGUUUUACCACGCUAAGCGAUCUGCUAACCAAGGACUAUCAGCCAACUGGUGCCAGCUACGCGGCCAAGCAGCCACAGUCCACAACCAACCGUUCCAGCGAUGCACAGUACAAACAGCAGCAGCAGCAGCAACAACAGCAACAAUCGCAACAGCAACAAGCGCAGCAGCAACAAGCGCAGCAGCAACAAGCGCAGCAGCAACAACAACAGCCGCAACCGCAGCCUCAUGCUGCCUUUGGGAUGCGCUAUGCCACGCCCACAGGCUUUUUUGCCCAAUCGAAAAGCGUCAAAUCCGCAGGCGCUCCCUCGCCCCAGCAAAUGGCCAGCUCGUCAAGCAUGACGACGGAAACACAGCUGGACAGCCAAACGGCGGACAACGAUGAUGUGACCAUUGUGGAGCUGGGAAGCGAGCGCAGCGUGGUCACGCCUAACAGCAGUGCGCUGCUCUACAAGGAGUCGCUGGAGCAACUGCUGGCCCAACAGCAGCAGCAGCAGCAACAACAGCAACAGCAGCAGCAGCGACGGCGCGCCGCCAACAACAGCACGCCAAGCGCAGGCACUGCAGCUGUAACUGCAGCCGGAUCUGUAGCUGGAGCUGGAGGCGUCAUUGUGGAUGCCAGUGGCUUGCGGCAGUAUACGCAACUGUUGCUGUCCGGUGCCGGCACGCCGGUUAGCUGCACGGACACAUCGAGCAGCUGCAAGGAGAAGAGCUCCUCGUCGUCUACCUCAUCGACGCCGCCGCCAAGCGGCGCUCUGCUCGCCCAGCAUCAGCAGCUUAGCCAAAUGCUGAAGAGUCCAUCGGACACGUGCUCCUCGCUGUUCAGCGAGCCCAUCGAGGAGGAAACACGCUGUGUCGUUUGCAAUGCCCACUUCCCAAAUGUCUGGCUGCUGGAGCAGCAUGCGGCACUGCAGCAUCCGCACAUUGGGCCUGGCGAGGAGAAGCCCUUCAUAUGCGAGCAGUGCGGUCAGUCUUAUCGCUAUCGCAGCGCCUAUGCCAAGCACAAGGAACAGAAUCAUCGCGCACGCCUCCCCGCAGACAAGCUCUUCACCUGCGAUGUGUGCGGCAUGCAGUUCCGCUAUCUCAAGAGCUUUAAGAAGCAUCGCCUCAAUCAUGCGCUCGAGCGGCUCCACGGCAAAAAGAGCAUUGGCGCUGGUGUCGGUGUCGGUGUCGGUGUCGGCGUCGGCGUCGGCAUGGCAACUGCACGCAUGAUUAGCGGCACAGCGUCAUCGGCAGCAACAUCUGCACAGGUGGAGCAGGAUGUGGUGACCAGCUCACAGGAGCCGAUGCUCGCCGACGAAGGCGAGGACCUGCGCAUCAACGUUAAGCGCGAGGGCGACGAGUCAGCCGCUGCCGGCCAGCAGGAGGCCGCCAGCGAAGAGCACGAACAGGACAACACAAUCGAUUCGGCGGGCAUCACAAUGCUCUACAAUGACAACAACUCAUCGGCUUCGGCCUCCACCAGCGCCACGGAGCCGAACAUCAGCAGCUCAGACGGUAUACAUAGUACAAACAAGCGGUCACGCCUGUUGAACAGCGCACACCACUUGGAAACGGAUCCCUCCUAUCAUCAUCAGCAACACCAUCAUCAUCAACAACAACACCAUCAUCACCAACAGCAGCAGUCGCAGUCGCAGUCACAGCAGCUGCCUCCACAUCUGGCGCACGUCUCACUGCCAAUGGCCAGCGCUGCUGCCGGGUCGUCCUCGGCCGCGGCAGCCGCUGCGGCUGCUGCAGCCGGUUGCAAUACGAGCCCCAGCGCUGGCACAGCUAGCACUGCCAACAGCGGCGUGGGCGGAAGCGGCAUCAGUUCGCUUAGUUCGCUGACAUCGCUGAUCAACGCGGAACGCAUACCCAAUGAGCAGUUCCUGGGCCUCAAUCCGCAGGAGGCUUCAAUACUCAAUUUCUUGAGAGUCGAUGCCGCCGAGCGACAGCGGGAUAAGCGACCCGCCACCUCGCGCUUCGCCUGCCCCUUUUGCGGCAAGUGCGUGCGCUCCAAGGAGAACCUCAAGCUGCACGUGCGCAAACACACCGGCGAGCGUCCGUUCGUCUGCCUGUUCUGCGGUCGCGCCUUUGGCGGCAAGUCGGACCUGACCCGCCAUCUGCGCAUCCACACCGGCGAGCGGCCGUAUCACUGCGAGUCUUGCGGCAAGUGCUUUGCCCGGGCGGAUUAUCUAUCCAAGCAUUUGACCACCCACAUACACAAUGCGCCGCGCUGAGAUGAGGCGCGUAGGAGGCGUCUCCUACGCAGAUAAGCCAACAAACACACACGCACACACACACACACACACGCAUACACUACACAGACAACACACUCAAACACCCAAGAGGCAUACAUUACAGGAAACAUAUGCAAAUUUAUGUAUAGAUCUAUUAUUACUACCAUCAUUAUUAGAAUUACAAUAUGAGAAGGCAAGUGUCCAAUAUUUUUUUUUUUUUUUUUCCUUGAGAGUAGUCACAAAGUUCGAAUUUUUUGAGGAAGUCGUGAGGGGAUAGAUAGUACGAGCUGAGGUACAGUCAGCGCUCAGAUCAACCAUAGAGCAAAUGUGUGUGCAGGGUUGAAUAUAUAUAUAUUUUUUUUUUUUUUUUUUGAUUUUUUAUCGUAAUUUGUAAUAAGGAAUAUUAACAACUAUUAGCACGGGUAUUAAUGUGUUUAAGAUUUGAAACUAAAACAUAAAGAAUGUAAUUGGUCGAA